AUGAAGGUCUUCUCCAACGCAGUAACCUUCAACUACUCCUGGGAAGAGGUCUCAGCAGCAAACUGGCGCAAAUACUGCCCCUGGAACGACAAGACGACGCACGUAAUCGCCGUCGACACAAUCGGCCGCAGCGUCGACCCAGCCACGGGAAUCCUCCGCACCGAGCGCCUCAUCACCUGCAAGCAGUCCGCCCCCAAGUGGUUCGCCUCCCUCGUCGGAGGCGGCGGCGGCGACCCGGACGUUUCCCACGUCUUCGAGACCUCCUACGUCGACCCGGCCAAUAAGACCGUCACAAUGGUCUCCCAGAACCUGACCUUCGCCAACCUCAUCUCCGUCCAGGAGUCCGUCGUCUACAAGCCCGUCAGCCCGACGCAGACGCAGUUCGUCCAGGACGCGCAGAUCACCGCCCUCUGCGGCGGCUGGCAGCGCAUCAAGAACGGCAUCGAGGACCAGUGCGUGUCGCAGUUCCGCAACAAUGCGCAAAAGGGCAAGGAAGGGUUCGAGAUGGUCCUGGCUAUGAGCAGGCGGGUGUUUGCCGAGGAGCGCGAGCGCGAGAUGCGUGUCCGCCAGGGCGCUAUGGCAGCAUGA